AUGGCAGUUAAGACUGAUAUUAGUAAGGCUUACGAUAGACUAGAAUGGAGCUUUAUCCAUAUAAUGCUAGAGCAGAUGGGGUUUAGUCUUACCUGGAUUCACUGGAUGAUGCAAUGCAUCUCGACCGUCUCAUAUUCCUUCCUACUCAAUGACGAGGUGGUGGGGAGGGUGAUCCCAGAGAGAGGCAUCCGUCAGGGGGAUCCUCUCUCACCCUACAUCUUCAUCCUAUGCGCAGAAGUCUUGUCAGGGCUAUGCAAAAGAGCACAACAAGAUGGUACAAUGCCGGGGAUUAGAAUUGCUAGGAAGAGUCCAAAGAUUAAUCACCUUUUGUUUGCAGAGGACACCAUGUUCUUCACAACGUCAGGGGAAAGUAGCUGCACAUCUCUAUCAAAAAUUCUCCAUGACUAUGAAAGCGCCUCAGGACAGAAGAUUAAUGUUCUCAAAUCUUCCAUCUCCUUUGCUAGCAAAACGCCCCCUGAGAUUAGAGCAAGAGUUAAACAACAAUUGGGCAUAGAUAAGGAGGGAGGAGUAGGUAAGUACCUAGGCCUUCCUGAGCACUUUGGAAGAAGAAAGAAGAACCUCUUCAGUUCCAUCGUCGACCGGAUGCAUCAAAAAUCCAUCUCCUGGUCCACUCAAUUCCUAUCUACAAUAGGCAAAGCAAUUAUGCUUCAAUCAGUUCUAUCAUCAGUUCCUAACUUUGCUAUGACCUGUUUUCUCCUACCAAUCAGCUUAUGUAAGCGCAUUCAGUCUGUACUUACAAGAUUUUGGUGGGACACGAAGGCCGGUGAAAGGAAAAUCUGCUGGGUCUCCUGGGAAGAUCUCACUCUCCCCGAGAGUUUAGGGGGCUUAGGCUUCCGCGACAUCCAAAUUUUCAACCAUGCCCUCCUUGCUAAGGUUGCUUGGCGCUUGAUCACUGCACCCCACUGCUUUUUCUCGAGAAUUGUUUUGGGGAAGUAUUGCCAUAAAACGUCCUUCCUAAAGAUAGCCCCUUCCUCUUGCAUCUCUCAUGGCUGGCGGGGUAUUCUGAAAGGCAGGGACUUGCUGCUGCAACAUCUAGGAAAGGCCAUCGGGAAUGGGGAAUCUACGCACGUCUGGUCGGAUUCUUGGAUCAACCCUGAAGCUGGUAUAAAGCCAACAGGACCUGUCUUCCUGCAAAAUAUUGAUCUCAUGGUCUCAGACCUCCUUACCAGAGAGACAAAGGAAUGGAAUAAAAUCAGAAUCAACCAGCUCUUACCUGAACUUUCUGCUCACAUUCUAGCCAUUACACCUAGCUGCCUUAGAGGACAAGAUUCCUACGUUUGGCCACUGCAGAAAUCAGGACAAUACACUGUUAAAUCGGGCUAUUUCUCGGCACAAAACACCAAUCAUCAGGACACUAGACAGACUCUCUUACCUGCUAACUUCGAUUGGAAAAAACAUGUUUGGAACCUCCAUACUCAACCAAAAGUGAAGCACUUUCUGUGGAAAGUCCUCCGCAAUGCCAUUCCAACAGAAAUAUCUGAUCAUAUCUUCCUCCACUGCUCCUUCGCUCGAGAGGUUUGGACGUUUGGCCCGUGGAAUACCCCAACUGCUUUACUCUCAGACACACCCCUCUCCACGGCGUUCUUGGCAACCUCUUCCCAUGGAUCGUGUGGAACAUCUGGAUCGCCAGAAAUAAGAGAGUUUUUGAGAAUAGACAAAUCUCCCCCCCCCCAAGAGGUUAUGGCUCAAGCGAUCCGAUCCAUGAGGGAAUGGGAACAAGCACAACCCAGACCCCAAUACCCCGUGACGGGAAUCUCUCCGGCCUCAGAAGCUCGAUACGGAUCUCUACCGCCUUCUACCAUCCUUUGCAACACCGACGCCUCUUGGAAAUCGCAAUCAGCAGGACUCGCUUGGAUCUUCACUAAUCAAGAGGGAUCGGAAGUGGCUAGCAAAGGCAUCUCGCUCCAUCAUGUCUCCUCUCCUUGCAUGGCGGAGGCUCUCGCAAUCCGAGGAGCGCUUCUCAACGCGGCGUCCCUCGACUACCAUAAUAUCUGCCUUCGAUCAGAUUCCCAAGAGCUCAUUCGGGCUAUCAACGGGAGGAAAUGGACGAUAGAACUCCACGGCGUUCUCUCCGACAUCGACUCCUUAGUUUUCUCUGCGUCUUCAAUCUUUACCUUUUGUCGUUUUGAGUUUACUCUCCGUUCUUCAAAUGGACCGGCCGAUAGGCUUGCUAAAGCCCACAUAUCUUUGUAUUGA